AUGGCUUCGAGGGUGGACGUCCUGUUAGUCUUGUUCGUAUGGUUUGUCCUGCUUAACCAUAAUAUUGAGGUUGAUGCAAAUUGGGGAUUAUCGAGAAAGGAAGAAUUGAGAUUCAAGGAACAACUUACAAGUCUUAGUACGUCUGCAAUUAGAAGCAUCCACGAAGAUGGCGACGUAUAUGACUGUAUUGAUUUCUACAAACAGCCUGGUUUUCAUCACCCUUUUUGGAAGAAUACUACAUUUCAGAUGAAACGUAAAUUAUUUAUGGAAGGACUGCGAAAUAAAACGGAUUUGCCAUUGAAUAUUGGGCUAAAAGAUGAAGGUUGUCCUUAUGGAACAGUUCCAAUUAGGAGAAUAGAUAAAGUUGAAGUAAAUUCAGAUAUAGAGGAAGAACCCGGCCAUCAUUAUGCAAUGCUUCAAACAAAACCAGAUCCGAAUAGGAAGAUUGAUGGAAUCGAAUCAUACUUUGGUACAUUCAACCCCAAAAGUAUUGAGGGCUCCCAAUAUAGCUCAUUUCGCAUGACACUUUCAAAUGGUGAUGAUAGCUUGAAAACGGGAUUGACGGUGAAUCCAUUAUUAUUCAAAGAUAACAAGACUCGAUUGUUUACUCAUAUCGUGUUGAAUGGAAGAACGCAAUGUUUCAAUCAACAAUGUCCGGGAUACAUACAACUCAGUUCUGAAAUACCUCUAGGUUGGCCGGUCGGAAAAAUUUCAGUUGUAGGAGGACGUCAAGCUUCUCUAAAAUUGAGGAUUAGCAAGGAUUAUAUGAGCACCGGACCGAAUUCAAUAGAAUCUGUGUGGCUAUUACAAAUGGAUGAUGAUAUGCUUAAGGUCGGUCUGUGGCCAACAAAAGUAUUUGGAAGAUUAAAUUACUUGGGUAACCAAGCCGAUUGGGGGGGAGAAGUUUAUAGUCCUUUGGACCAACCAAGUCCACCUAUGGGUACUGGUAUUCAUCCCUAUGGGGACACAAGAUAUGCAGCACAUAGUCGUCUUAUUGGAAUUUCAUAUGAGAAUUCAGAAUCUAAAUUUGUGAAUCCAGGUGGUGCAGUGUUAUAUGAAUCAGAUCCAAAAUCGUAUAGUGUUUUCGAUUCUGGAUAUCGUACUGGAUAUUGGGGACGUUUGAUUUUAUAUGAUGGUCCCGGAGGAAUAAAAAGUGAUUGAGGCUAUAAGUUGACUCGUUUCUUUGCUAAUAAAAUUUCCGAACUAUUUAUGUUCUUUUUUAUCUUUUAGUAAGAAAGCUUGGCUAGUUGCUCAAGGCAUGAAAAAGAGUAUUGUCCACAUAUUAUGCCAUAAACAGCAUUUGAUAUUUAAUAAAUUAAGUUUACUUAUAUGUGA